UGGCAGCGCCCACUAACUUAGCACAAACCGGUGAGAAAAAUUCUUCUUGAAACAUCUGUUAUACAGAAGAGAUCUGGAGAUCUUUAAUACUAUAGUCUAAUAUAUUAAUAGUCUGUUCAUUCCGUCAACAUCAUAAAGAAUCUAUACAGGUGAAAAAGAACACUUGUUCACGUUCUAAUUAUUGAACCAGGAUGAGUCUGGUCAGUCGUUUGUUUACAUUAGUAGCAAUCCUUGUAGCAGCGUUUGCAGUUAUUUUUACAGUUGAUAUCUUUAAACCAUAUCGUCAGAAAAUUAAAGAUGUUAUUCCCGAAUCCAUUAGGAACAGUUUUAUAAGUAUUUCGGAUGGCAAACGGAUGAAAUCGGGAAAAAUUUAUACAAAAGAUGAAUUGAGUAAAUACAAAGGAGAAAAUGGAUCACCUGUGUAUCUCGCUGUACUGGGACACGUAUUUGAUGUUACUAAAGGAAAGAAACAUUAUGGGCCAGGUGGAGGCUACGAAUUCUUCGCUGGUAGAGAUGGAACACGAGGAUACGUGACAGGUGAAUUCAACGACAAAGGUUUGAUAGAGGACAUAAGCGGCUUCACAUUAAGUCAGAUACACAGCGUCAAUCAUUGGUUACAGUUUUACAUGAAGGACUAUACAUUUAAAGGCUACCUACUUGGAAAUUAUUUUGACGAGGAUGGUAGCCCUUCAGAAGCGAAGUUAGAAUUUGAUAGGAAGCUGGUUUUUGCCAACAAAGCGGAGGAGGAUAAAAAAGCAGACAUUGUAAUGUUCCCGCCAUGUAAUUCUCAGUUUAAAGCAGGUCAAGGGAAGACAUUGUGGUGUUCUAAUUUCAGUGGAGGAAUUCAAAGAGAAUGGGUCGGUGUUCCAAGACAGUAUUUUAGACCAGGCGAGACUCAAGCGCGAUGCGCAUGUGUGAAAAAUAUAGGUCCUCCGUCUGAUCAGCCUGAUGCUAAAGAUCACAAAAAUAAUGGUGAUUUAGACAAUCCUGGCAUGAAAUUGUACGAAGGUUGUGAUCCAAAUGUUGAUUCGUGUUAUUUUCCAGAAAAAUGAUAUUAACAAAU